AUGGCUCCCGCCGCUCACGACCACAUCCUGACGCUCUCGUGCCCGGACAAGUCCGGCAUCGUGCACGCCGUGACGGGGGUGUUUGCGGCGCAGAAGCUCAACAUCCUGGACCUCCAGCAGUUCUCGGACCCCGUCUCGGAAAAGUUCUUCAUGCGCGUGCACUUUGGGCCGACCGAGUCCGAGUCGACGGAGCACCUCACGGCCCCGUUCGACGCCCUCGCCGCCGAGCUCCAGCUGGACUGGUACCGCAUCCGGCCCGUCGCCCGCAAGCUGCGCACCCUCAUCAUGGUCUCCAAGAUCGGCCACUGCCUCAACGACCUGCUCUUCCGCGCCAAGUCGGGCCAGCUGCCCAUCGACAUCCCCCUCAUCGUCUCCAACCACACCGAGUACGAGGGCCUCGCCGGCAACUACGGCAUCGAGUUCCACCACCUGCCCGUCACCCGGGACACCAAGGCCCAGCAGGAGGAGGAGAUCCUGCGCCUCGUCAAGGAGAACGACAUCGAGCUCAUCGUCCUCGCCCGCUACAUGCAGGUCCUCUCCCCCAAGCUGUGCGAGGCCAUGUCCGGCAAGAUCAUCAACAUCCACCACUCCUUCCUGCCCUCCUUCAAGGGCGCCAAGCCCUACCACCAGGCCUACGAGCGCGGCGUCAAGAUCAUCGGCGCCACCGCCCACUUCGUCACCGCCGACCUGGACGAGGGCCCCAUCAUCGAGCAGCGCAUCUCGAGGGUCGACCACGGCAUGAGCCCCAAGGACCUCGUCGAGGAGGGCUCCAACAUCGAGAGCCAGGUCCUGGCCGCCGCCGUGAAGUGGACCGCCGAGGGGCGUGUCUUCCUCAACAAGACCAAGACGGUCGUUUUCAACUAG